AGAUACGGGGCGGGACAUGGGUUGCUAUUGCACAGUUCUGAUUGUCACUCACACUUAUGACCACUUCCUGUAGGAGAAUGAAAAGACACGCCCAGCUCUCAUUUCCGUGUAAACACUGAGCAGAGAAGAUCUUUCAGCAGCACUGUACUAAAACAUUUCUGAGAGAGAUGGAAUUAAAGACUGCCUGCCAUGAAUCAACAAAUUCUUUAUCCUAAGAAAGAAAUGGACAUCACGGCUUUCUGGAAAUGUAUGAAGCUUUAACUUGUUCUUGUUUGGCAAGUGAAAAACACUUACGGUGCAGUGUCCUAAAGAGAAGCCAGGUAUUGUCUGCUUGAACGAAUAAGAUGAAUUGCCGCUCUGAGGUGUUGGAAGUGUCAGUGGAAGGUCGACAGGUAGAGGAGGCAGUGCUGGCUGUACUGCACUCCAUAUUGCUGCAUCGCAGUACUGGAAAGUUCCACUACAAGAAGGAAGGGACCUACUCAAUUGGCACAGUGGGGACUCAGGAUAUUGAUUGUGACUUUAUUGAGUUCACCUAUGUCAGGGUGUCCUCAGAGGAGCUGGACCGAGCACUACUCAAAGCUGUUGGUGAAUUCAAGGAGGCUCUGCGGAAUUCAGGAAGUGAUGGUAUUGGGCAAGUUUCCUUGGAGUUCUAUCAGAAGAAGAAAUCUAGGUGGCCUUUCUCAGAUGAGUGCAUCCCAUGGGAAGUCUGGACCAUCAAAGUUAACGUUGUUUCACUAGCCAACGAACAGGAGAGGCAAAUCUGCAGAGAGAAGGUGGGAGAGAAACUUGGUGAAAAGAUCAUUAACAUUGUGGAGGUCAUGAGCAGACAUGAAUACUUGCCAAAGAUGCCGACACAGUCCGAGGUGGAUAAUGUGUUUGAUACAAGCCUAAAAGAUGUGCAGCCAUAUCUGUACAAAAUCUCUUAUCAGAUUACUGACUCACUGGGAACAUCUGUCACCACUACCAUGAGAAGACUCAUAAAAGAUACUUUGGCUCUGUAGUGCUGCACGCAUUUAAUGGAGUAUCCGGUUGGUGGACUUGGAUCUUGUUUGUUUGCUAUCCAAAUGUUUGAUUCAGUAUCCAGAAAAGAUUCUAUUCAAAAACUACCUUUCAUGUAUAAAUGCAUUAUUUUCUUUCAUGACAUGCACUGAUUAUAAGUAAUAAAGCAAAUCCUGUACAGAACGAUGUUUAAAAUUUUAAAAUACUAUUUUAUUGGUUACUGGGGCAGAGAGACAUUGUCUAUGGACUAGUUACAAUGACAUGUACUCUUGUAUUCUUGAACUGUAUUACCAAGCAUUAAAGAAAACAUUUCUGAACUGA